AUGGCAAACGUGCUCGCGGGCGGUGACGGCAUGAUGGGACAAUUCCCUCUAGAACAAUGGUUCUACGAGAUACCAGUCUGUACCCGCUGGUGGGUAACAGCUGCGCUGAGCGCAAGCGUCCUUGUGCAAUGCCAUAUCAUAUCGCCCUUUCAGCUAUUCUACAGUUUCCGAACCGUCUUCCACAAAAGCCAGCAGUACUGGAGACUGAUUACCAACUUCUUCUACUUCGGACCGCUCAGCCUUGACCUCUUAUACCAUAUCUUCUUCAUGCAGCGCUACUCUCGCCUUCUCGAAGAAUCGUCCGGCCGAUCACCUGCACACUUUUCAUGGCUGCUCACGUUCGCUUCCCUCCUGCUUCUUUGUAUAGCGCCAGUGUUCUCCAUGGCGUUCCUCGGCACGGCGUUAUCGAGCACGCUUACGUACAUCUGGAGCAGGAAGAACCCAGACACCAUGUUGAGCUUCAUCGGACUCAUUGUGUUCAAAGCGCCAUACCUCCCAUGGGUAUUGCUAUGCUUUUCUCUCGUCAUACACGGCACGGUGCCCAAGGACGAGUUGUGCGGAAUUGCCGUUGGACACAUCUGGUAUUUCUUUAACGACGUCUACCCGCCUCUCCAUAACAACCAUAGCCCGCUCGACCCGCCAGCUUGGUGGAUUCGACUAUUCGAAGGACCCCCGCCAGUUGAAGAGGAGGAGGAAGAAGAGGCACCUGAAGGCGAGGGGUUCGAAUUUCAAGAAUAUGAGGCAACGGACCGGCGACCACUCAACCCACAACAGCCCGAGGUCGACGUGCAGUAG